AUGACAACUAGACGUAUCUACGCAGGAGAGAGUUGUGUGCUGUCCGAAGACUUGAACACAAAAUUCACAUUACAUUAUAAGCAUUGCUCUUUUGAGAUUCCGUCGAAUAGUGUGGAUUUAGCUCAAGGCACCGUUCGCCCUCCACAACCCUUGAGCAGGACGAUUGCUGCAUUUCUCAAUACGGAGGGUGGAAAUAUUUAUGUUGGCAUUGACGAGAAUGCGAAAAUUCAUGGAAUUCGUCUCAGUACCAGUAUGAAGGAUCACUUUCUACUGUCGAUGAACUAUUGCAUCUCGUUGUUUAAACCACCCGUUCCCCCAGAACUUGUAAAAGUGCACUUUGUGGAAUUGGUGGAAUCUCUAAGCGAGAGUUCUGCAGUUUGUCCGGCAUCAGCGGCUACUCAAUUCUGUGUGCCACCGGAUGACAGCUAUGAGAAUGUUCAUAGAAUUGAUAGCAUUUCGUCAGAUAACUAUUCCUUAAAUCACUUAAUCGGCGAAGAGACAUGUCCAUGCGAAAACACUGCAACGGCUGCGGAUUCCAAGCUCUACUUGAUUGUUAUCGAGGUUUCGAAUACUAUUAUUUGUUAA